AUGGCGGAUUCAGAUGGCGAAUACCAUGCAGGCGAUGCCUCCGACGACGAAUUCAGCGGCGCACCCGGGUCGCAGCUCGAAACGCGAUCGCGGUCACGGGCUGACGGGCCUAAGAAGAGUGGUCGCAAAGGUGGGAGGGCCGCCUGGGAGGACAUUCAACGAUCUUGGGACGCCGUGGUCGAGGGUGCCGACGGGACGCUUGCGGGCACCAUCGAAGGGCUUGCCGAAGCAGAGAAGCGCGCGCGACUGCUGAAGGACACAACACCUCUACAGCGCGGUAUAAUACGGCACCUGGUUCUGGUGUUGGACAUGUCCUUUGCCAUGACGGAGAAGGACCUGCUGCCUAGUCGACACGAGUUGAGCAUGGCGUACGCUUCCGAGUUCGUCAGAGAGUACUUCGAGCAGAACCCCAUAUCACAGCUUGCGGUCAUCGGCAUGCGGGAUGGCGUGGCCGUGCGGAUAAGCGACAUGAGCGGCAACCCUACAGAGCACCUCGAGAAGAUCCAGGAAUGGGUCAAGCAGGAACCCCAGGGGAGCCCCAGCCUGCAGAAUGCGCUGGAGAUCCACACGCCAACGCACGGAACGCGAGAAGUUGUGAUAGUUUAUGGUGCCCUGAUGUCCAGCGACCCUGGAGACAUCCACGACACAAUACAGUCUCUUAUCAAAGACCGAAUACGAGUGUCGAUCGUGGGACUGGCGGCGCAGGUGGCCAUCUGCGAAGAACUGUGCUCGAAGACGAACGGAGGCGACAACUCGAGUUAUAGCAUAGCGCUGCACGAACAACAUUUCAGAGACCUACUGCUAGCCGUCACGACACCCCCCGUGACGCGGACACAGGAACAGAGCAACGCAAGCUUGCUCAUGAUGGGCUUCCCGUCACGGACCCUCGCUGCUGGCGACAGCAUCAACUACUGCGCCUGCCACAACCGGCCGACGCGUGAAGGCUACGGCUGCACGCGGUGCGGCUCCCGCGUCUGUCGACUGCCUGCUGAGUGUCCCGGGUGCGGACUCACCCUCAUUCUGUCAACGCACCUGGCGAGAUCCUACCACCACCUCUUCCCCCUACGGAACUGGGUCGAAGUCCCAUGGUCCGAGGCCAGGAGGUCCAAGGCGUGCUGCUCCUGUCUAGCACCGUUUCCGGACGUACCGGGCGGCGCGAAGGGCAAAGGCAAGGGCAAAGGCAAGGGCAAAGAGAAGCCAGAUCGACUGCCCCUGAAAGGUCUCAGCGAGUCGGGUAGAUAUGCGUGCGAGGUCUGCCGCAGCCACUUCUGCAUAGACUGCGAUCUCUUCGCGCACGAGGUAUUACAUAAUUGCCCCGGCUGCCAGAGCGAUACCAGAGGCGCGCAACAAAACGGCGACAUAAACGGCGCGAUGGAGAUAGACCCUUGA